UAUAUAGUUGCCUUUCGAUGCCGGUUGUCAUUCCGCGUCUGUUGUUGCAUCACGGACAUCGAUAGAGAACCCAAAUUCAGGUCGCAAUGAAGGUUCUUAUCGUCCUCGCAGUCGUCAUAGUAGCUGCCGCAGCAACCUCAGUAUCCUCAAGCAGGACGAAGAGGCGGGUCAUGCUCACUGAGGCUCAGAAGGAGAGGUUCAGGACGAGGCGUUUGGACGAUAAGCGUGCUCUCAUGCUCGCUAUUCAAAGGAGGCUUUUCUUGGGCGAAUGGGUAGAAAGUUUUUCUAAUACAGUUGGCAGCAUACUCUCGAAAGCCAAGAUUGCUGCCCAGAGUCUUCUUCACGGAAUAUAUCCAGGUACGAAAUGGUGUGGCAAUGGUAAGAUCGCCAAAUCGUACGACGAUCUGGGGACAGGAAGUAAGAGGAAGGCUGACAUGUGCUGCCGUGAACACGACCACUGCCCUGACCAUAUCCCAGCCCGCAGCACCAAAUAUGGCGUAAGAAACAACCAAAUAUACACGAUGUCCGCGUGUUCCUGUGAUGUGAAGUUCCGCAACUGCCUCAAGGGAAAUGACGAUACCACCUCAAGUAUUAUUGGUACUGCUUUCUUUACCGUCCUUCGCACUUCAUGCUUCGAGAACGGAGAGGUUAAACACAACUCCUUCAAAAAGUGAACUGUAACCAUGCAGAGUUCAAUAAAGUGACGAAAUUUUGUAAAAAAUUA